CAUGCCUGCACAGAACUCGUGUGGCCAGUUAGAGGGAGAACGAGAUGGCGGGAAAAACAUUUUCCCGCGCUUUGCUCAUCUUGAGCCCACUCUUGAGAUCCGCCCGUCUUCAAUUCCUUUCGGCUGCCGGUCUGGGUCCGUGGCCGUUAUGGCAUCAGAUCGACCUGGCCGAGAUCUGACACAGAAGCCAGUGCCACCUCUCCACGCCGCCUAUCUUUCAAUUGCGCAUGCUUUCGGAAUCUACCUCUCCUGCGCCAGGCAGCGAAUGGGCUUUCUCUGCUGCUCUCGAUCCGUCCUCAGCUCUCAAGGCACUUCGCUUCCCUGUUAGCCUGGAGCCAGGUUUGGGUCGACGGCCUCAACCUUACGGCUGCGGUGGUCUCGAGUCAGUGGCAAAUUUGCCGAUCACAUUACCGACUUCCGCUCCAUCGUCCGAGUGAUUUGGUUUCUCAGCUGAACGAGAGACCAGUGCGCCCGAAAUCGUCCGUCAUUAGAUUUCUGCUUGGAGUCCGACAUCGGCUAUCGUAGUCUUCCCGUCUUGCAGCUCGAAGCUCGAAGUUGUGGUCGGCGUCUUGGUUGUGCCAGAUUUUUUCUCGUCGUUACUCGAGCUUCUGAUUUUUUCAAACAUCGUCUGAGAUCAGCCGUCACAAUGUUGGAGUUGCGGCUCGUCCAGGGCAGUCUGCUGAAGAAGGUCCUGGAGGCCAUCAAGGAUCUGGUGACGGAGGCGAAUUUCGACUGCUCCGAGACCGGUUUCUCGCUGCAAGCGAUGGAUUCCAGCCACGUUGCAUUGGUGGCUCUCUUGCUGAGGUCCGAUACAUUCGAGCACUACCGGUGCGAUCGCAACAUGUCCAUGGGUAUGAACCUUUCCAACAUGUCCAAAAUGUUGAAGUGCGCGGCGAACGAUGAUAUCAUCACCAUGAAGGCUGACGAUGGCGGUGACGCCGUCACCUUCGUGUUCGAGAGCCCCAAGGAAGACAAGACAUCCGACUUCGAAAUGAAGCUCAUGGACAUCGACAGCGAGCACUUGGGGAUCCCGGAGUCAUCUUACGACGCUAUCGUCAAGAUGCCCUCGAAUGAGUUCGGUCGUAUUUGCCGUGAUUUGAGCACUAUCGGAGACUCCGUCACCAUUUCCGUCGGCAAGGAGGGAGUGAAAUUCGCAACCGCUGGGGACAUCGGGAGCGCCAACAUAGUCUGUCGCCAAGCCAACGCCGUCGAGAAGAAGGAAGACGAGGUCGUCAUAGAGCUGAACGAGCCCGUCACGUUGACCUUUGCCUUGAGAUACCUCAACUCUUUCACCAAGGCAACGACAUUAUCGGACUCGGUCACUCUGAGCAUGUCUAAAGAAUUACCCGUUGUCUUGGAGUACAAAAUCGCCGAGACUGGCCAUAUCAGAUUUUACCUGGCCCCCAAAAUCGAAGAAGAGGAUGGGGACACUAAGGAGUAAACUUUGUGGAGCGUGCCUCGUUUGUAAAUACCAAUUUUGUUCAUACACACGAUGGAAGAGAUACUCUUCCAUCGUGUCUGGAGGACAGUGGCUGCUCGCAACUGCGGCAUGUCCCAGCCGAGGUAGUGGAUAUGCAUCCGGUGUUCUCAGAUUGAUGAAACCGCGCGUGCUUAUAGUUUAGACCACCACCUUGAGAACGUUUGCAUGCUGUGUUUCCUAGCGUGUGAGAACUUCUUUUUCGACAUGGAGAAUGGACAUGUGCCAUCGAUCUUCGAAAGGUGAAACUGAGGCUUUAUAUCGAACUAGGCCUUCGCACUUACGGGUUCUAGGAGUAUAGCUUGGUUUCUAAGAGCCAAGAUGGGAACGAGGAUGGGUACAUCCGCCAAAUUUUGUAAUUUACCUAGGAAAAUUUUGAAGUCCAUUUGAAGGCCCGA